AAAAAUGAUCCCACAUUUCAACUCAAACUUCCUCCAAAGGCAGCUAGACCUGAAAAAGAAAUUGACCCAGAAUAUGAAGAGAAGAUGAAAGCAGAUCGAGCAAAACGGUUUGAAUUCCUUCUGAAGCAGACAGAACUUUUUGCACAUUUUAUUCAGCCUGCAGCACAAAAAUCACCAACAUCUCCAUUGAAAGUCAAGCUGGGACGGCCACGAAUGAAGAAAGAUGAAAAACAGAGUUUGAUUUCAGCUGGGGAUUAUCGUCACAGGCGCACAGAACAAGAAGAAGAUGAAGAGCUGUUGUCUGAGAGUCGAAAAACGUCUAAUGUUUGUAUUCGAUUUGAGGAGUCUCCUUCAUAUGUGAAAGGAGGAACACUAAGAGAUUAUCAGGUUAGAGGUCUGAACUGGAUGAUUUCAUUGUAUGAAAAUGGUGUUAAUGGCAUUCUGGCAGAUGAAAUGGGUCUUGGUAAGACUCUGCAAACAAUAGCAUUAUUAGGCUAUCUGAAGCAUUACCGAAAUAUUCCGGGGCCACACAUGGUCCUGGUUCCGAAAUCAACUUUGCACAAUUGGAUGAAUGAAUUCAAGCGCUGGGUUCCAUCAUUACGUGCUGUUUGCCUUAUUGGAGAUAAAGAUGCCAGAGCUGCUUUUAUCCGUGAUGUUAUGAUGCCUGGUGAAUGGGAUGUUUGUGUUACAUCAUAUGAAAUGGUAAUUAAAGAAAAAUCAGUCUUCAAAAAAUUUAACUGGAGGUACCUGGUAAUUGAUGAAGCCCACAGAAUAAAGAAUGAGAAGUCUAAGCUGUCGGAGAUUGUACGUGAGUUCAAGACAACAAAUCGAUUGCUCCUUACAGGAACUCCUUUACAGAAUAACCUCCACGAGCUGUGGGCAUUACUCAAUUUUCUUUUACCUGAUGUCUUCAAUUCUGCAGAUGAUUUUGACUCAUGGUUCGACACUAAAAAUUGUCUUGGUGAUCAGAAACUUGUAGAAAGACUUCAUGCUGUUUUGAAGCCAUUUUUAUUACGUCGCAUAAAAGCUGAAGUAGAAAAGAGUUUGCCUCCAAAGAAGGAAGUAAAAAUUUAUCUUGGGCUUAGUAAGAUGCAGAGGGAAUGGUAUACAAGGAUCCUGAUGAAAGAUAUUGACAUCCUGAAUUCGGCUGGGAAAAUGGAUAAGAUGCGUCUGCUCAAUAUUCUGAUGCAGCUGCGGAAAUGUUGUAACCAUCCUUAUCUAUUUGAUGGUGCUGAGCCAGGUCCUCCUUAUACCACUGACACGCAUCUUAUCACUAACAGUGGUAAAAUGUUAGUUCUGGAUAAACUGCUAGCAAAACUCAGAGAGCAAGGUUCCAGAGUUCUACUUUUUAGUCAGAUGACUCGCUUACUGGAUAUUUUGGAAGACUAUUGCAUGUGGCGUGGAUAUGAGUACUGCCGACUUGAUGGACAGACACCACAUGAAGAAAGAGAGGAAGCAAUAGAUACAUUUAAUGCUCCCGACAGCAGUAAAUUCAUUUUCAUGCUGAGUACCAGAGCUGGAGGUCUUGGAAUUAAUUUGGCAACUGCUGAUGUGGUUAUUCUCUAUGAUUCGGAUUGGAACCCUCAAGUAGAUCUGCAAGCCAUGGAUCGUGCGCAUCGUAUUGGUCAAAAGAAACCAGUACGGGUGUUUCGACUAAUCACUGAUAAUACUGUUGAAGAGAGGAUUGUAGAAAGAGCUGAAAUAAAACUGAGACUGGACUCUAUAGUUAUACAACAAGGAAGGCUCAUAGACCAACAGGCUAACAAACUGGCAAAAGAUGAAAUGCUGCAGAUGAUCCGACAUGGAGCCACGCAUGUUUUUGCUUCCAAAGAUAGUGAGCUGACAGAAGAAGAUAUAACCACUAUUUUAGAAAGAGGUGAAAAGAAGACAGCUGAAAUGAAUGAACGAUUGCAGAAAAUGGGGGAGAGCUCCUUACGAAAUUUCACUAUGGACACAGAGAUGAGCUUAUACAACUUUGAAGGUGAAGAUUAUAGAGAAAAACAAAAG